AUGAUUGUACCGGACUCCUCUCACCUUGCCGCUUUCACCAUGUCUAAUCCCUCGACCACCUCGGUGGCACCCAUUCCCACGGUCAUCCCGGGCGCGCCCGUAUUCCAGGAGCUCCAUGACACCGGCAAGCGCACGCUAUGGGUUGUCACGGCUCUGAUGGGUCUCUCGUCGCUGGUCUUCUACACUCUUAGUGCUCGUGCCCCGCUUUCCAAACGGGUGUUCCAUACCUUGACCUCGCUCAUCACCACCAUUUCCUUCUUCGUUUACCUCGCCCUCGCCACUGGCCAGGGCAUUACCUGGAAACAUAUUUACGUCAUCAACCACCACAAGCAUGUCCCUAACACCACCGAUGAAUUCUUCCGCCAGGUGCUGUGGCUGCGCUAUGUUAACUGGGCCCUGACCACCCCGCUGAUCCUGAUUAACUUCGCUCUCGUCUCUGGCCUGCCGGGAGCCAACAUGCUUGUCGCGAUCGCCGCCAACCUGGCCAUGCUGGCCGCAGGCCUACUGGGCUCGUUCGCUGGCCACACGCCGCAGCGCUGGGUAUGGCUGACGCUCAGCUGUAUCUCAUACUUGGUGAUGCUGCAUCACGGUGGCUUCCAUGCGCAGCGUGCGGUGCAGAAUAAGGAUGACCCCACACGCCGGUUCUUUACUUCUCUGUCAGGCUCGUUCUUCGCUGUAUUCGCGCUGUUCCCGAUUUCCCUGGCCGCAGGCGCGCUUGCUCUGAAAGCGAGCGUUGAUGCCGAGACCGUCAUUUUGGCCAUCGUCGAUAUUUUCACCCAAGGCCUUCUGGGUUACUGGCUUCUGCUGUCGCAUGAUAGCACCCCGGGCAUUGGAACCCUUUACCUGGACGGCUUCUGGUCCCAGGGCGUCGGCAAUGAAGGCGCCAUUCGCAUCGAGGACGAAGAAGGUGCGUAA